AUGCGUCCGCGCAUACGAGGCCUGCUCCGGGACUGCUCCUGGACUGCUCCUGCUGUUCUCCUGGACCUUGGAUCGCCUGGGAACUCUGCUCGAACCCUCGAGGCAACCGGUCUCGGCGCCGCCAGCGGUCCAUUGCGCAUGGUUCACUGUCAUGUUGUUGCUCCCAUCUCCUUGAUCCUCCUCGUCUUCCACAUUCCUCCCCUGGACGAGGAGAGGGCGACAUAUUUAAAUAUAGAACAGCCGCCCAAUGACUGCUGA